AUGAUCGAUCCGACCAGUUUCACCUACGAUAAGGUAAGUUUUUGAACGUUCUAUUCAUGUACCAUUAGGUUUACAGUUUGUUUAGUUUCGAAAUUCUAAACUUAUAAUUUUCUUUGUCGGAAAAUCUAUAUUAACUUAGGCUUUACCAAUAUUUGGCCAAUAUUCUUGCCUUUCUUGCCAUAACACUUCUCCCAUCUUAUUCCACUUUUUACUGUUUUCGCUCAAACACCAUUAUCUUUUUUCUGUUUUUACUUGUGGCAGUAUCUUCCCAAUGUCGUUUUUGUUUAUACUCGGCCAGUAAUCCCAUUCAUCUUGCAGAAGGCGGCCGAAGAGAGAGCUAAGAAACUGCACGCUGAUGCCAACAGACGCCUGAACAAGCUGAAGACAGAAGUGAAGGAAGUGCUGGAGAAGCAGAAUCUGAACAAGGAUUCGUACGAGUGCCAGUUGUACUCGGAUACCGUAUUCGAUUUGCAGGUAAGGCCAAGUAUUACAAUGUAAAAAUGUACUCUAUGAUGCUCGAAACCUAAUAUUAGGUUGUUCAAAUAAUUCUGUGCCUCAUAACGUCAAAAAUAUUUUUUGAAAGAGAGCACAGAACUAUUUGAACAAUCGAAGUAUAUUAGAAUGUCUUAAAAGUCUUGUCGUUUUUUAAUUUCCAAAUACAUAUGAAUUGACGACAAGACUUUUAGCCUAACAUCAUCCUGAUAUAAAAUGAAAAGAAGAUGAAAAAUAGCAAAAAAACAAGAUUUUACAAUUUCAAAAGUCAAAAUUUAAAACUAGAAUUCAAAAAAAACUUAAAAUUUCAGGAUGGAAGCCAACUACACCAAGUGAAUACCCCCAAGACCCGGCUCUAUUACGUGGAGAAGGUGGAUUCGUUCGUCUUCUUAUCUCGCUCCAACCUCGAUGACAACUCUGGGGUCUGCUACUCUGUUCGCCGACUUCAGGACGACAAGUUAUCCAUCAAAAUUCUACAACAUUAA